AGUGGUACAGCUUUUAUAAAUCAAAGAACAAGGUUUCUGUAAUCACCUGAAUACGGAACAUCGAGACUUGAAUUGUCGAAUAAACCCAAGAUGCCUCCAAAGGGCAAGAAAGGUGGUGGCAAGGACAACAAAGCGGGCGAGGAGAAACGAGAAGAACCUCUGCAGGCUGUCAUCUUUGCCGAUUCCUUCGAGACCAGAUUCAACCCCUUCACGCUCGAGCGACCACGUUGUCUACUCCCACUUGCGAAUACGCCACUGCUCGAGUAUACAUGCGAAUUCCUGGCGAGCGCGGGUGUAGAAGAAGUUUACCUUUACUGCGGUAAUUUCACCGAUCAGGUCGAAGAAUACCUCAAAGGUUCCAAAUGGGUUUCCGACACGGCGCCCUUCUCACUGGAAGUGAUCCGCUCCAGCUCACGCAGUAUCGGAGACUGCAUGCGUGACCUCAAUCAGAAGGAGCUGAUCGUCGGCGACUUUAUCUGUGUGUAUGGUGAUGUCGUGGCCAAUGUCUCGCUUGAGGCUGCACUUGCGGCCCACCGUGCUCGAGUGGAAAAGGACAAGAAAUCGAUCAUGACCAUGGUGCUCCGCGAAGCCGGCGACUACCAUCGCACCAAGUCCCAGACUAUCCGGCCUGUGUUUGUUGUCGACCCUCUAAUCAAUCGUUGCGUACAUUACGAACAGGUCCGACCCGGUGCCAGCGCAACACUCGAUAUCCCGAGCGAAGCAUUGAGAGAUCAUGUUGAAUUGGAGAUCCGCGAGGAUUUGAUUGAUUGCGGCAUCGACAUCUGCACACCGGAAGUCCUCGCACAGUACACGGACAAUUUCGACUGGCAACUGCCCCGCCGAGGCUUUCUACAUGGCGUCCUGAAGGACUUUGAAACCUUCCAGCUCACGAUCCACACGCAUAUUGCUACUGAGGGAUAUGCUGCACGAGUCCAUGGCUUACAAGCUUAUGAUGCUAUCAGUAAAGACAUCAUUUCAAGAUGGGCGUACCCGCUAUGUCCUGAUACCAAUCUUGUCGCAGAUCAGUCAUUUCAACUCGGCAGGCGCAAUGUAUACAAAGAGGACAAUGUGGUUCUCGCCAGAUCGUGCCAGAUCGAACGAAGCUCUGUUCUCGGUAAAGCAAGUUCAAUCGGUGAGAACACUACUGUUACAAACAGCGUCAUUGGUAGACGGUGCGUCAUUGGCAAUCGAGUUGUCCUGAACGGAGCCUAUAUCUGGGACGAUGCACAAAUCGGCGAUGACACUAUCAUCAACACUGCGAUUAUAGCUAACGAUGCUAUCAUCGGGAAGAAAUGUACAAUUGAGCCAGGGGCUCUCAUCUCGUACGGUGUGCGUAUUGCAGACGGCACAAACGUCACAAGCAAUAAACGAAUCACAACCCUCAAGAGGAAACGAGGCUACGAAGGCGAUGAAAUCACCAAAGCCCCAUCAGACCCGAAGGUCGUUGGUCAGGGCGGCGAAGGACAUCACAUGGCGAUCGAUGAAGAUGAAGAAGAGCUCUUCGAAGCGCUCCUGCGUAGUGUUGAAGAUCUUAACUUCAAUAUCAUCGAUGACGACGCCGUCUCGACCUUUUCAUCGGAGGAUGAGGACGAGGACGACGAUUACGAGGGCCACGCUGCCGAGCGCGGACAGCGAAGCGAUAGUUUCGCUUCCGCUGCAUCCGACGAAGACGGCGAUGAUGCGCGAAAUCGCGCUUCGGACUUCCAUCACGAAGCCGUGGCGAGUGUGUUCGAUGCUUUGCAGAAGACGGAAGAUCCCGACACGAUUCAAUUGGAACUACGCGCCUUGACCCUCAGCAGUAACGCUGAAGGCAAACAAGUCCGACGUGCACUGGCUGUGGCAUUUGCCAAGCGGAUCGCCAAUCUUAUGGAAGGAGAUAAACCAGCUAGCCCGAAGGACGCGGUCGGCCAGGUCAUCCCGACAUACCAGCUGCUUAUCAAAGCCAAUGUCAAGGAGGAAGACGAGCAAGCGGAGUUUCUACUCUUCCUGCAGACGGAUCUGGUGCACCGGCCUUCCGGAGAGAAGGUUCUGCUUUUCGCGUCGAACGAACUAGCUACAAAUGAUCUCGUCGAGGCGGAGGGAUUCGAGGCGUGGUGGAACGACCCUCGGAGCUCUGCAAGUGAAGAGCUGGAGAGGGUCCGCAAGGAGACGAAGCAAUUGGUUGAUGUGCUCGUGGACGAUGACGAUGAUGAGGACGAUGAUGACGAUGAAGACGAAGACGAAGAUGACGAUGACGAUGAGGACGACGAAUAAAAAUGUUUCAGGUAUGUAACCUUUGGUUGGAUUCAACCGAUGUUUGGGGUCACGUGGUCGACCUCGUUCGAGCAAUGCCACACUUCUCCGUUGUUCCACACCCAUGGUACGCGUGCGCGAGGGCAUGUGAUGACAGCUUGCGCGAAUGACAGCAUCGUCGUGCCAGACCCAGGUGAUGGAGUCGGACGAUUGAGUUGACGCUGUGCGCCACACCCGGUUGGUACCUAGGUAUUUUGGAAACGUUGAUGGACUAGACGCUUCGAUUGUAAAUACGGUCGUUGAUCAACAUAUCUCUCAUGAUCUGAACCGACUUAUCACAAUGCUCAUCAACGAAGACCUGAGGAUGGACAUGCCGAAUUCGUCCUGUAUUCCCACCCGAUUGUUUCGCU